ACGGGAAGACGCGGACUAAAGAUAAGUACCGGGUGGUUUACACCGACCACCAGCGCCUGGAGCUGGAGAAAGAGUUUCACUACAGCAAAUACAUCACCAUCAGGAGGAAGUCGGAGCUGGCCACGACGCUCGGCCUCUCAGAGAGACAGGUGAAGAUCUGGUUCCAGAACCGCCGGGCUAAAGAGCGUAAAAUCACCAAGAAGAAGCUCCAGCAGCCGGCCUCCUCUUCCUCCACCACGCCUCCAGCCAAUGGGAGCGGUGGUGUUCUCCAUGGAAACGGCGGAAACAGCGUCUCCAUGGUGACGAGCAGCAGUGGUAGCAACGGGCUGGUGUCGCCCUCCUCGCUGGCUCUGAACAUCAAAGAGGAAUACUGAGGAAACCUUUUAGUGGACGCUCACAUCGGGGAUCUGGACUGAGACACUCUCCCCAAAGAACUGAGGAACGCUUUGCAUCCCGUCCCGCCUCCUGCCAUGUUUUUUUCUUUCUCCGCCCUUCUUCGUAAAACCAAAGCUCCAAAGUUUGAGAAAGCAACUCCUUCUACCGUCUGACUGUUGCAGAUAGUUUGUAAAAGUGAUCAGAUGUUUCGCUUGCUGGGAUUUCAGGACGUUUGGUUGCACGUCAACAGCUAAAUGCAAAAAGACUGGAACAGGAAACAAGUUGAAAUAGGAACACAGUUUGAGUUGAGAGUUACUUGUCCAAGCUUUCUUCAAAUGUGUAUUCCUUGUGGAGAUGCCGAAUUUCCCCAAGAUGUCGAAUAUUUCCAUUUAAAAAAAAAACUCAAGGAUUGAAAAGCCUUUUCGCACCAACUGAACCAAAGUGAAACUAAGUGCUGCAAAGUCAGCUAGCUCCUCCUGUGCCUUUAAUACCACCCAAAUAAUGUCUCCUUUAAAUUCCUCGUAUGAAGUCUUGAGGAAUGCUUUUGCACCUCGUUGGUCUAAAAAUGUAACUUUUCUUUAUCUGUCUCUGCCAUUGUUCUGCAUGGAAAGAAAACCUUUAUACUUUAGCGCGUUUAUCAUCGCAAUCAGAUGCAAAGAAGGGAAAACUCAACCAAAACACUUGAAUGGUUUUUGCCAGAUAUAGACUAUCAGCGUCUGCAAUCUGUUCUCUGAGAAUUCGCUGCUCGAUGUCAACAUAAUUAGCUUCAAUGAAGAGCUGCAUGCGGAAUAUAUAUGAUACUGUUAGACAGUGUGGGACAUAUGUUUGUUUUUAAAGCUACUUAAAAAAAGAGGAUUUUCAGGGUAAAUCACGUUUUCAGGUGUGUGUUUGUUCUUGAUGAUGCAUUUCAAAGAAAAGUUUUGUGUUGCUUUUAAAUGAUUUCUCCACCUGAAAGGACGCAUAGUUAAACUCCAGUGACAGUGUUUAUGGUCCUGUGAAGAACAGGGACAGUUAACCUCCUGAAUGUUACUGGACAUAGAAACGCAUAAUACAGGGUUUUGUUCUGCCUUUAAUUAUUAACACUGGAAGCAUUUACAAAAAUAGCUGUAGUCAAAAAAUAUAAAAUAUAGUCAUUUGCAUUCGCUCAGUAGGAAUAUCUUAUUCCCAGAAAAAGGGCAUCUGUGCAUCUUAACAUAUCAAGUCAUUACAAACGUGAGGUGCUUGUACUUAACCACUUCUGUUUUACUUCAAUCAAUACUUUCAUUCCAUAUUUCUUAUACAUAUGGCGCGUUCACACCGGAGUACUUUCCCCGUUUAGUUCCGUUAGUGCCUGGAAUUUUGCGUUCACACCAAAAAGAGAACUUUUACCCCCAUUUGUAGUCCCUGCUAGAGAGGUGGUACUAACCCGGGGAGAAAAAAGUACCAAUUUCGAUUGGCUGGGCGAAUUGCAAACGACGCCCCGUAAAACUCAGAAAAGUUUUUUUAAGCCGCCAUUGUAUUUGCUG